AUGCCAUCCAAAGGCAUCAAAUGUUUUGCCUAUAUCGCUGUUGACGGCGUCGAAAUUGAAUUCUCUGUUCCGAAGCAGAGCGUUACGAGAAGCAAUCAGCGCGAGUAUACAAUCGACCACCUCGAAGUGGAAUCAUCAAACCUGGGUGCCUUCAAGGCAACUGGCAAAUUUGAAUUUGUCGUUCGCCGCGAGGGCCGUGAGCUCACGAAGCAAUGGGUCGAUGUGAAUUCAAUAACCGGGAAGGUCGACAAUGGGACCAUGUUGACCAUGGAUCAAACGCCUAGCAUCUUCGUCGAAGACCUCAUUGUGGUGUAUGGAUUCUAUGAUGCUGGGCCUGGGCUAGCGGGGCUGCCGAAACAGCAUCAGUGCUAUGUCACUGUUACGAGGAAUUAUGAAAAUUGGAUGAAAGAGGUUAUUCCACCGGAAGAUGACAGAUCAAAUCGGCCGUUCAAUAGGAUGGUUUUGCCUUCUGCUCAUGAUAUUGGCAUGAACGGCCUGCAGACGAGUCUAGGCCUACUUAAGAACGCUGGAACGGGGAUUAUAAAAGAAGUCUUAGGUCGAAGCCUCCCUCAUGCACUCGAAAUCAUCAAUAAAGUCGGAGAUGGAGCAAUUAAUCACAUUGCACCAGACAUCAUUCGAGCUUUGGCCGUUACGCAGAAAGACAGCCUCGACACCAUCCUCAAGAUCGGAGCGCGAUACUUUGAGUUCAGACCCGCAAAGUGCCAUCGCCAAAUGCAGCGUGUCAGUCCGUUGGAGGAUACAUGGUACUUCCAGCAUGGCGCAAUCCCGGGAAUGCCAUACAAGCAACUACUCACCGGCAUCGUCCAAUUCCUCCAAGACUAUAGCGACGAGAUCAUCGUCGUGCAAAACCGUUGGGACGGCGUGCCAGGCGACUGCCCACGACCCAAUGAUGAUGAGCUCCGAGACGUACUAAACGACAUCCUACGCGACAAAGAUAUCCAAAUCGGAAAUGAAGACGACAUGAUGGGCAAAAGCAUACGGGACUUGCGAAACGAAAACAAACGCCUUCUUGUCCUGCAAAAUGUAAACCAAGUCUCAAACUACGAUGACGCUGCAAACGCUACUUUGACCGGCGACUCCAUGGUGUCCAAGUUCAAUGACAUGUCGCAAAAUCCACCGCAGGGUCAUCCUAUCACGCUGUUACAGUGUCAGGCUACAGCGACGAAUAUCAGGGAUGUGAUUAUUGCGAGUGUGCUGGAUUCGGAUGUCAGUACAAGUCCGAUUUUGGCGACGAAACCAGUGUGUGAUAGCAAGAUUUUACCGCUGUUGAGAGGGGAUACUGGGAAGCAAUUGACACGGGAGGAGAGCGUAGUUGUGCUCUUGAAUGACUUCUUCGACGGGGCGACUGCGGAUGUCGCUAUAAAUCUUUGUCUGGAUAGGUUGGGGUGAGCUAGGUAC